AUGAGUCACUCUAGUGUUCAAGGUAACACCAAUCAUGAUCAGGACAACAUAGAGUUGAGAGAAGAGCUCAAUAGAACCAAGGCUGAGUUACAUGAACUAAGGCAAAUGGUCGCCAAUCUUACUCUCAUUCAAAGAGGGCAUUCACAAGGGGAUCACUCUCAUAGGCAAAACCAUGAUCAUGAUGAUCAUUCCCAACAUAGUGAUCACCAUAGUUAUCACCCUUAUGAUCACUAUCAACGCCCUCCUAGGCGUCAUCAUAACCAUCGAGACCAUCAUGUGGAACCUAAACUUGACCUUCCACCCUUCUAUGGAAGAGACAAUGUAGAAGAAUACUUUGAGUGGGAGAUGAAGGUCGAACAGAUUUUUGAGUGCUACCACAUAGAUGAUAGGAGGCGAGUGACCUUAGCUACUUUGACCUUUCAAGGAGCAGCCCUCUAUUGGUGGACAUCCAUCAUAAGAGAUCAAAAGAUGCAUGGCGACUACACCAUCCAAUACUGGAAUGAAUUGAAAGCAGCCUUACACAGAAGGCAUGUCCCGGCCUAUUAUGCUAGAGAAGUCAUGGACAAGCUCCAUCGACUUCAACAAAGAAACAUGAGUGUUGAGGAAUACCGGCAAAAGUUAGAAUUACUCAUGUUAAGAGCUGGGAUAAAAGAAGAGGAGAGAUUCACCAUAGCUAGAUUCCAGAGUGGAUUAAACUAUGAGAUUAGAGAUAAGGUUGAACUCUUACCUUACUUAGAUCUAAAUGACUUUGUCCAGCUAUGUGUGCGAGUGGAAGAACAAAAUAGAAGAAAAGCUUCCACAAAUAGAUCCUACCCUACUACAUCUUCAUAUAGGAGAGAUCUUAAGAGGGAGGGUAGUUUUCCAAGAUAUGAAGAAUCAAAAGAGAGAGAACGAGAACAAGAGAAAGAUAAGAUCAAAAGCAAGGAUAGAGAGCUAAGAAAAGAAAAAGAGAACUCUAAAGGAAAGGAACAACGACCUCCAAGAGAGCAAACUAGAGAUCCCAAGGGUAGGGAGACUAGAUGUUUUAAAUGUGGGGCUAGAGGACACUAUUCAACUGAGUGUCACUUCAAAAAGUCAACCUAUACCCUUGAGCAAGAAAAUCAUAGUGAGGUAUCAACCUCCAGUGCGUCUGAGUUGUCCUUAUCUGAAGAGGAACAUGAAGCUCCACCCUGUGAUGGCGAUCUUCUUAUGGUUAGGAGACUCUUUGAAGCAAAGCAUGUUGAGUUAGAACAAUCUCAACGAGAAAACCUAUUCCACACACGCUGCAAAGUUUUUGAUAAAACUUGUUCUAUGAUUGUGGAUAGUGGUUCUUGUUGUAAUUGUUGUAGCUUUAGAAUGGUGGAAAAGCUAGGCUUAACUCCUACUCCUCAUCCUAACCCUUACAAACUUCAAUGGAUAAAAGAGGAUGAAGGAAUAGUUGUUAAGGAACAAGUAAGUGUACCAAUUUCCAUAGGCAAGUAUGAAGAUCAAAUCAUUUGUGAUAUUGUUCCAAUGGAAGCUGGUCACAUCUUACUUGGGCGACCUUGGCAAUAUGACAAACAAGCUUUGCAUGAUGGGGUCACCAACAAGAUCACCAUCCAACACAAAGGCAAAAAGAUUAUCUUGAGCCCUCUUACACCAUCACAAGAAUACAUCGGCAGCUUUGUUGUAGUCUACUUUGAUGACAUUCUAAUCUAUAUCAAAGGUCUUAAAGAACAUCUUCACCAUGUGAGGAAAGUUUUGAUUUUACUUAGACAACAUCACUUAUUUGCCAACUUUGACAAAUGUACCUUUUGUCAAGAGAGUGUCAUUUUUCUGGGAUUCAAAGUUGGGAAAGGUGUACAUGUUGAUCCUAGCAAAAUCAACGCUAUCCAAGAGUGGCCUGUCUUGAAAACAGUGGGAGAAGUAAGAAGUUUUCUAGGUCUAGUAGGUUUCUAUAGACGAUUUGUAGAAAAUUUCUCUACUAUUGCUGCUCCCCUCAAUGAACUUUUAAAGAAAGAUGUGUCAUUCAAGUGGGAUGAAAAGCAAAGUCUAGCCUUUGAGACCUUGAAGCAUAAGUUAACGCAUGCACCCAUUCUACAUUUACCUGAUUUUUCCAAAGCUUUUCAAGUUGAAUGUGAUGCAUCUGGGGUAGGAAUAGGAGUUGUCCUUAUACAAGAAGGUCACCCCAUAGCUUAUUUUAGUGAAAAACUCAGGGAACCUACAUUGAAUUAUCCUACCUAUGACAAAGAACUAUAUGCCCUUAUUCGAGCAUUGCAAACUUGGGAGCAUUACUUGGUGUCUAGAGAAUUUAUUAUCAAUACUGACCAUGAAUCUCUCAAGUAUAUUAAAGGGCAAGGAAAGCUGAACAAAAGACAUGCCAAGUGGAUAGAAUAUCUCGAGCAAUUUCAAUAUGUCAUCAAACAUAAAAAGGGGAGUACUAAUGUUGUUGCGGAUGCUCUAUCUAGACGUCAUGCAUUAUUAGUUACUUUAGGAUCACAAAUACUAGGUUUUGAUGACAUUAAGCAACUUUAUGACACUGAUCCUACAUUUGCAUCCACUUAUGCAUCUUGUCUUAAGAAGCCAUUCGACGGAUUCUAUAUUUCUGAGGGGAGAUGCCCAACAGGAUUCCCAAGAUUUGAGGACAGAUCUUUUUCAAGAGGGAGGGACUAA